GCUCUCGUACCGCUUGAGCACAUAUCAUACUCUUUAUCAUCCUGGUGAUAUGUCCGAGCCCGCAUCGACAUCAGAAGGAUCAGCGGCACCCGCUAGAGGCAGAGGAAGAGGCAGAGGAAAGUCUCGCGGAGGACUCGGCAAGUACUUACGUGCCCGAGGACGCGGCCGCGGGAGAGGCCGUCCAGCCGAGUUUGGCAAGCGACUCCUUCUCGAAGAUGAGGAACCGGAAGAGAUCGAUGACGAGGAGCAGCAGGAGGUCGAGCGCAGGUUCUCCCGCAGGCAGCUUGUCUCAAAUGCAGACCGCUACGCCGAGCCUGAACCCGAGUUGAACUCCGAAGGCGAGGAGGUCGUCGAGCCGGAGAUUGACCUGUCGUCGUUCCUGGAACGCCAGAAGUUGUCAUCUCAGCCGUCCUCCGCCCCGCCUCCGCUAGACGAAGACGAUGACGUCGAUACCACCUUGGCACAUAUCACAUCCAACCCUCAAGCCGCCUCACAGUCGAAGAAGGGGCGCGUGCAGCAAAUAGAGUGGGAUGCCGAGCUUGAAGAGCUGAGUCGGGAAAAAGCUGCCGCAGAUGCUACGAGAGACCUGAAGGCGCGUUUCCGAGCUCAGGCCGCGAAGCAACGAGGUCGUGCAGCUCCUCGCGGCGCUUCAACAUCUGCGCGAAAGCGACAACCGGAUCACUCCUACACAGAGGCGCCGCCACUCCCAACCGACGCGCCAAAACCGGAGAAGAGCGAGAAAGCGGAUAUGGAGGAUUUCUUGGACGACUUGCUCAACUAGUGAAGCGGCCUAACGUCAGAAGAUAUGUAUAACAUAACUGUAUUUGUACCAGCAACACGGGCUUCGGUGUAUAAAGAAGGCCCUCUACCUCAUGUCUCGGAGCAGGCACUCAGGAGGCACCGAAGGUCAAUUUAC